AUGAAAAUAUUUCUAAACUCCUUAUUUUCUACAUUAAAUCAUUUAAAUAGUGAAGGAGCUGCUGAUAAAUUGCAAUCAAUGUCUUUUACAAUGAUAAACUCUUUAGAUGAGACUUCUGAUAUUUUGGUGGAUAUAGAGUUUGAUGAAGAUUGUAAACUAGAAGAAAGAA